AUGAUAUUCGGAUUCAGUUUCAAAUUGAGUAGUGACGUGUACGGUACAUUACUACACGUGGCUGUUAUUAAUUCAUUCCAAUAUGUGUAUGUCCGUUUAUUGCUAAUGCAGGGUGCAGAUCCAUGUGCACAAGAUCGUGACGGUUAUACUCCAGCACAUUAUGCUGUUGAAAAAGACGACGUUGAGAUGUUGAAAGCCUUAAUCGUUAGAAUACAUCCUGACGUUAAAACAUUUUCAGAGAGCAAAGACUUGGAUGGCGACACCACAUUGCAUUAUGCUGUAGCUCGAAACAACCUGGCUUUGACAACAUUCUUAAUUACUGAAUGUCUGGCUGAUGUUAAUGGUGGUGAAACGAGUCGACCAAGCCCGUUAGAUGUAGCCAUAUUCAAUAAUCAUCCCGAAAUAAAAGAAUUCUUAUUGCUCAACAAUGCUAAAUCACGUUUUAACAUAAAGUGUAUAAAGUUUAAAUCUGACGAUCCUCAACAGGACAUUCAAGUUAAUUUGGAAGGAUUAACACUAGCUGAUACUCCUAUUACGAGUACAUUUUCAGAAAUUAAUCGCUCACAUAAACAAAAAAAUUCAUCAUUACAGUUAGAUGAUCUUUCUAAACAAGCAGCAGAAUUUAACAAAAAUAAUGAUUAUGACAAUACCUUAAAAUGUUAUCAGCAAAUGGUUAAUAUUUAUCUUGAAAAUAGUGAGAGUGAAAUGGUGGAUUCUGAAGUAGCAAAAAUAUACAAUAGUAUUGCUGUUGUGUAUCAUCGUCAACAUAACUACAACAUGGCACUGACGUAUUAUAAAAAAGCCGUGGAAUGUGUACUGACAACGACGAAUUAUUCACAGCUUGGUGAUUAUUAUGAAAAUAUUGGUUUAACGUAUGCUACUCAAAAUAAAAAUGCAGCCGCUUUGGAGAAUUUUCAAAACUCAUUGAAUGUACGACGUUCUAAUCUCCAGCCAGAUCAAACUGCAAUCGAAAGAAUAGAAAAAUUUAUUGAAAAUGUUAAGGGAAAUAUUCGCUCGACAAACUAA